AUGGGUAGAUGGAAACCGAAUAAAAGUCAGUCACAUAUUGAAGGUUUGUUAAUUAAUGAUGUGGAAGAACUUGCAGACCUUCAAAAUCCCCGGGAACACCUCUUCCCCCCCGGCUCUGUAUUCCCGGGAAAAUUAUUAGAAGGUCAAGGUCGCAAACACCAAGCAACAAAACAACAAACUGGCAGAAAUUAUUUCCUUAUUUCAACAUAUUUAGAUGAAGAAUACCACAUAACAGUAUAGAAAAUACAAUGCCAUAAAGACCAAUCAACAUGGGAUGUGGUUCUUCUGCUGUCGCUACUGGUACUACCCUUACAAACUCAAGGGGACAAAUAGAACAGACAUGGGAUGCAGUUUUUACAACUCUUGAAGUGAAGGAUAAAGACACCAAUCCAUAUAAGAAUUUAGUGGUCAAGAGAUCGGGAUGGAAGACUAUACGAAUAUUCGUAUCUUCAACUUUUAGGGAUUUCCAUCAAGAGAGGGAGGUGCUGGUGAAAAAGGUGUUUCCAGAUUUGAGAGUAUGGUGUCAGAGUAGACGUCUUCAUUUGGUGGAGUGUGACCUCAGAUGGGGUGUUCCAAAAGAUUCUACGACAGAGUCCACAUUGAGAACAUGUCUGGGAGAGAUAGAUCGGUGUUAUCAAGAUAAUAUUAUGCCAUUCUUUGUCAACAUGACAAGUGAGAGGAUAGGCUGGAUCCCUAGAGGACCUGACAUUCCAGAGGGUCUCAAGGCACAGUAUAAGUGGAUAGAUGGUCUAUCAGUCACUGAGAUGGAAAUCAUGCAUGCAGCUUAUAGGAAAGAAAAUCCAAACUCCAUUUUUAUGUUGAGGGACCCAAGUUUUCUCGAGGGUGUUCCAGAAUCUCACAGAACAGCUUUUGUAGAUGACCAGGAGCUUGCGCCAGAGAAACUCAAGAUGUUGAAAAAGAUGAUAUUUGAUAGGUUUACUGCUGAAAGAGUGAAGACAUACCAAGUCAAAUAUGAAGGCUAUGAUGAGGAAAUAAAAAAGGUUGCACUCAGUGGCUUAGAUGGUACAUUCAGUCAGACAGUAUUUGAAUUUUUCAAGAGGCGUAUUGAACAGCAAUAUCCAUUGAUGGACAAAGAAUCUGAAGAUCCAUUUGAGAGGAUAAGACAGAAGCAUGAAGCUUUCAUGAAGAGUAAUGCUGCUGUCGUAAUAGGAAGAGAUGAUGUUCUCAAAAAGGUAGAUGAGCACAUUUGUGGUCCAGGUGUGGAUAAACCUCUCCUCUUGAUAGGUGGUGCUGGGAGCGGUAAAUCAUCUGUGAUGUCACGGCUUGCAGAUGUGACAUCACAGAAAGCUGCAAGCAAGCAAAUUCCUGGGGGUGGAGAUAAAGGCUGGCAUGUGUUCUACCAUUUUGUGGGUGCUGUACCUGGCUCUACAGAACUAGAGAAACUUCUCAAG